GAGACUGGAGGGGGGCGGGGAGCUGCGCAACGCAGAAUAGUGACCAGGCUGGCUCUAAGCCUAAUGGGUGCCGGUACUUUUGGUACCGGUGAAUAAUACUCGCACCCAGUUGCCUUUACCGACCCUAAGUGUCAAUUCGUCACAUCGCAUGCUGGGAUAUGUGUGGGCAACAAAGCCGUGCUGCAAUAGUAGUGGGCGGGCGUGGCUUUCUCCUAUUGCGUCCGUCUAUACAUCUCGGAAGAAGCAGAUUCAGAUCUACCAAUGUAGCACCCCAAAUUGUCCUAAAUGUUCCUGAGACAAAGGUAACUUCUCUGGAAAAUGGCCUGAGAGUAGCUUCUGAAGAUUCUGGACUUUCAACAUGCACAGUGGGACUCUGGAUUGAUGCUGGAAGCAGAUAUGAAAAUGAGAAAAACAAUGGAACAGCUCACUUCCUGGAGCAUAUGGCUUUUAAGGGAACUAAAAAGAGGUCCCAGCUGGAUCUUGAGCUCGAGAUUGAAAACAUGGGAGCUCACCUUAAUGCUUAUACAUCAAGAGAACAAACUGUGUAUUAUGCAAAAGCUUUCUCGAAAGAUUUGCCAAGAGCUGUGGAGAUCCUUGCUGACAUCAUACAGAAUAGCACACUAGGAGAGGCAGAAAUUGAGCGGGAACGAGGAGUGAUUCUCCGAGAAAUGCAAGAAGUCGAAACUAAUUUACAGGAAGUUGUCUUUGAUUAUCUGCAUGCCACAGCUUAUCAAAAUACAGCCUUGGGACGAACUAUUUUAGGACCCACAGAAAAUAUCAAGUCCAUAAAUCGGAAUGAUUUGGUGGAGUAUAUUACGACACAUUAUAAAGGACCCAGAAUGGUACUUGCUGCUGCUGGAGGAGUUGCUCAUGAGGAACUGCUUGAUUUAGCAAAGUAUCAUUUUGGUAACUUACCAUCUACUCUGAAAGGAGGAGCACCCGCCCUGCCCCCUUGCCGGUUUACAGGCAGUGAAAUUAGGGUUCGAGAUGAUAAGAUGCCUUUGGCACAUAUUGCGAUAGCUGUUGAAGCAGCUGGCUGGUGUCACCCAGACACAAUUCCUCUCAUGGUGGCAAAUACUCUGAUAGGCAACUGGGAUCGUUCCUUUGGAGGUGGUGUGAAUCUGUCCAGUAAGCUUGCACAAGUUGCGUGUCAUGGCAACCUCUGUCAUAGUUUCCAGUCAUUCAACACUUGUUACACAGAUACUGGACUGUGGGGUGUCUAUAUGGUUUGUGAGGCAGCCACCAUAGAAGACAUGAUGCACUUUAUUCAGAGAGAAUGGAUAAGACUGUGCACCAGUGUUACUGAAAGUGAGGUAGCCCGUGCUAAGAAUCUUCUAAAAACCAAUAUGCUGUUACAGCUCGAUGGUUCCACUCCCAUUUGUGAAGACAUUGGACGGCAAAUGUUGUGUUACAAUCGUCGAAUCCCAAUUCCUGAAUUGGAAGCAAGAAUUGAAGCAAUUGAUGCUCAAACUAUCAGAGAUGUUUGCACAAAAUAUAUCUAUGAUAAGUGCCCUGCCAUCGCUGCUGUGGGACCACUUGAGCAACUCCCUGACUACAACAGACUCCGGAGUGGCAUGUACUGGCUUCGUGUUUGACACUUACUGAAAAACUUUCCUAGAAAUAAGCAAUGUGAGAUUCAAAAGGACAUCCCCAUAAAACAUUCAACUCGCAAACUGACACUCCCCUUGAAAUAAAACCAAGGAUUGAUCUACAACAUACUAAGUAUGUAGUCUCUCAGUGGAAGGAGAGAAAUCUCUAAAAAUGUACACAUUUGUGGGACACUUCAGUUCACAUAGUUGACACAGCUAAAUUCUUCAAACUAGACUUGAGUCCAUGAUGAACUGCAGCCAGGAAGAAGCUGUACAAUUGUCUGAAGAAUUAAAAAAAAGCCUGUUCUGUA